UGCAUGAUCAAAUUUUCAAGACAUUGAUUUUGUCAUUGUUAGGAAGGAAGGGUCUGAGACCUUUUGAUGUAGUGAGGUUAUAACUUUUGUUCUUGCAACUGAUCAGUCAUAAAGGAAUUUGCAUCAAUGAAUUUGUUUGUCUUGACAGGACAGGAUAUCCUUCAACAGGUUUUCUUUUUGUUGCUUGCGUCUGAUUCAUGUGUUUUAGAAGUGUAUUCUGAUUUAGAUGUCCUUACGUAGAUUAGUUUGUGGGCAUGCUUGAUUUAUUGAUUGAGUUGGUCCUAAAUGCAAUGUCUAGAUCAGUAUGAUCUUGGCUAGCAUCAUGACUGUGCCAUUGGUGGUUAAUUUGAAUGGUGAUGAGGUUCCAAGCUCAGAGAAAUUAGGAGCAAUGCUGUUCUUGGAGAAUCUAUAUAGGAUUUUUUACUAGUCAUGGUAAUUAGUAAGUAAAUAGUAUGCAUACCUUUGAUAAUCUAAUGUGCUAUUCUUCUGUGUGCUUAGGCUAUAACGGAUUCAUAUUGUGUGAACCACCAAUUAUGAUUUUUGUCAAGCAGGGAUACGUUUUGUGGACUUCUUGCAUGAUGGUGUUUUGCUUAUUCCUUUUGCUUUAGCAGUAGUUUUCCUUUUGGGGCUAUACUCUCCAUACUGUGUGUAAUGAAGUUAUUGAGGUAAAUGGGCAUGAGAUUUCUAGCAACUCCACCCCAAGCUCAAUCGAGCAUGGUCUUGGUUGCAUGAGUUUGUUCUUGUCAUUGCGGUGUCUAUGCCUUGUGCUAAUGAUUUUUAAGCCAAAAUUUAACUCAGGUGCAUACAACCCCCUCUUUUAUGUCAUGCAAGAUGAUGUUCUGUCUUGAUCUUGAUCAUGACCUUUUCCUUACAAGUCAUCAUGUUCUUCGUUGCAGCUGAAUGUGUCAAUUUUGUUGGCCUCCAGAACCCUUUGUUCAUUUGAUUUCAUUUUAUAGCAUUACGGUAGGAUGCUUCUCACUUGACAUAUCUUCAUCAGGUUUUUGUGGUUCAGUUUACAGGUCUCAUGCAGCUGGAAAUCAGCAUGUUUGCAUGAUUGCUAUGUCUGCAAACAGGUUGUUGUUCGGAAGGGUUAUUAUCGUUGGUUUUGCACAUCUGCACUGUAAUUUAGGCCUAAUAAAUCUAUAGCUGGAUACUAUUUUUGCAUUGCUCUGUCUGCAAGUGAUGGACCCAAAUUUCCGCCCUCUGCCGUCACAUGGAGGAAGACGGUCAUGGUUCUAUUCUCAACAAUUGAAUUCGGGCCUUUUUCCCAUCUAAUUGGGCUUUUGUGGGGAGGCUUAAUUUUUUAAAUAAAUAUAAUAAUACUGCAUGAAUAAACUUAUGAGAGUGCACUGUGGUGGCCUGUAGCAGCGGAUUUAUUUAUUUUCUAAAGUUGAAAAAGGCAAAUGCAUUAUACUAAGAUCUCAAUGAACUAUUGUGGUCCAAAAGCAUCCAUGCAAUGCAAUCAAGAGGUUCAGAGUGAUGCCCAAGCUUUUUGGCGAUGACGAGAGCAGAUCAAUCUGUUGAGUGCAUAGAAAAGCUUGAAUUUAAUGAUUAGCCCCGUACGAAGAACAGAGAAAACUAGUCUCAUGAUGUGCCAAUAAUUAACACUACCACGUAUUGCCUGGAGUCUAGAUGCUAGUUUACUGUGGUGAAAUUGUAAUUUUGACCGAGACUGAAAGCAUGUGUGUUGUGUGGUUCCCUGACCAAGAAAUAUAGCCGUUGAAGGAGGGUCCCUGUUCAGGUUGAAGACUGGUUCAGCAGCUCAUGAACGUUCAGUAACAUAUUGUAUACAAGUAAAACUAGCCGUUGGAAGCAGAGAAGAAACUACACCCUCCCCCUCCUUUUGUCCCCCCCCCUAUCUCCUCUCUAACCUCCACUAUCACAUUGCUCCCUCACGGACCAAAUUUCUCCUCCUCGCUAUUCUCUCUUUCUUUCUUCAAGAGAGGAGAGUGCAGACACUCUUAGAAACUCUCUUCAUUUCUUUCAACGUUCUUGUUUCUUGAAGUUGUUCAUGGAAAAUACUUGUCAUUCCCGCGACAAGUGCUUUCUGUGUGCACACUUAUGCUUGUUUCUACUAGUUUUUUUGCCCCAGUUUGCUUCGAGCCAAAAAGGGGACGGUGUAGUUGUCACCCAAUCAGAUUAUCGAUCUCUUCGAGCUAUAAAGAAUGAACUGAUUGACUUCAAAGGGUUUCUACGCAGCUGGAAUGAUAGUGGAUAUGGAGCUUGCUCUGGUAGGUGGGUAGGAAUCAAAUGUGUCAAAGGACAGGUUAUUGCUAUCCAGCUUCCUUGGAAGGGACUAGGUGGCAGAAUCUCCGAGAAGAUUGGUCAGCUUCAAGCACUCAGAAAGAUUAGUUUACAUGACAAUGUUCUUGGUGGCACUGUCCCUUCUUCUCUUGGUUUUCUUCGCAAUCUUAGAGGGGUUUACCUCUUCAACAACCGGCUUUCAGGUUCUAUUCCUCCCUCACUUGGUAACUGUCCUGUUCUUCAGAGUCUUGAUGUAAGUCACAAUUCACUCAUUGGUACAAUUCCUCCAAGUCUUACAAAUUCUACUAAGUUAUAUAGACUUAAUUUGAGCUUUAAUUCGUUAAUGGGGUCGAUCCCAGUUGGUCUUACUCAAUCCCCUUCUCUCAUUUUCCUUGCUAUCCAACACAACAACCUCUCUGGGCCAAUCCCAGAUUCUUGGGGGAGUAAAGGGAACUAUUCUUCUCUCCUUCAGUUCUUGACCCUUGAUCAUAAUCGCAUUUCUGGAACUAUUCCUGUUAGUCUUAGCAAGUUGGCUUUACUUCAAGAGAUUUCUCUUAGUCACAAUCAGCUUUCUGGGGCCAUACCUUAUGAAAUGGGGAGUCUCUCAAGGCUCCAAAAGCUAGAUAUUUCAAACAAUGCUUUCAGUGGAAGCAUUCCAUUUAGCAUCUCCAAUUUAACCUCAUUAGUCUCUCUGAAUCUUGAGGGAAACCGUCUAGACAAUCAGAUCCCAGAAGGUUUUGAUAGAUUGCAUAACCUCUCAAUGCUAAACCUGAAAAACAAUCAGUUCAAAGGCCCUAUCCCAGCUUCUAUUGGAAACAUUUCUAGCAUCAACCAGCUUGAUUUAGCCCAAAAUAAUUUUAGUGGAGAAAUUCCAGCUUCUCUUGCUCGCCUAGCCAAUCUCACUUAUUUCAAUGUUUCUUACAACAACCUUUCUGGUUCUGUUCCCUCUUCUAUUGCUAAAAAGUUCAAUUCAAGCUCCUUUGUGGGAAACCUUCAGCUAUGUGGCUAUAGCAUUUCAACCCCAUGUCCUUCACCCCCUCCAGAAAUUCUUCCAGCUCCAACAAAAGGAUCACCGAAACAUCAUCACCGAAAACUUAGCACCAAAGACAUCAUCCUCAUAGCGGCUGGUAUCCUCUUAGUUGUGCUGCUGCUUCUCUGUUCCAUUCUGCUCUGUUGUUUGAUGAAGAAAAGGUCUGCUUCUAAAGAAAAGAGUGGCAAAACUACUACGCGGGGGCUCCCAGGGAAAGGUGAGAAAACAGGUGCUGUGGCAGGUCCUGAAGUUGAAUCUGGAGGUGAAAUGGGUGGGAAGUUAGUCCACUUUGAUGGCCCAUUUUUGUUUACAGCAGAUGACUUGUUGUGUGCAACUGCGGAGAUAAUGGGAAAGAGCACUUACGGAACAGCAUACAAGGCAACAUUAGAGGAUGGAAAUCAAGUUGCGGUGAAAAGGUUGAGGGAGAAGACUACAAAGGGGCAGAGGGAGUUUGAGACUGAGGCUGCUGCUCUUGGAAAGAUUAGGCACCCAAAUCUCUUAGCACUAAGGGCUUAUUAUUUAGGUCCCAAAGGAGAGAAGCUUCUUGUUUUUGACUACAUGCAUAAAGGGAGCCUUGCAUCCUACCUCCAUGCUCGUGGGCCUGAAACCACUGUCAAUUGGCCAACAAGGAUGAACAUAGCCAUUGGCGUUGCGCGUGGACUAAAUCACCUCCACAGCCAAGAGAACAUCAUUCAUGGGAAUCUCACAUCAAGCAACGUAUUACUGGACGAGCAAACUAAUGCACACAUUGCAGACUUUGGCCUCUCCAGGCUCAUGACUGCUGCUGCCAACACGAAUGUGAUUGCCACUGCUGGAACACUCGGCUAUCGCGCACCAGAGCUCUCAAAACUCAAGAACGCCAGCACGAAGACUGAUGUGUACAGCCUCGGGGUGAUCAUUUUAGAGCUUUUGACUGGGAAAUCACCAGGUGAACCAAUGAAUGGCAUGGAUUUGCCACAAUGGGUUGCAUCAAUAGUGAAGGAAGAGUGGACUAAUGAAGUCUUUGAUUUAGAGAUUAUGAGGGAUGCACAAACUAUAGGUGAUGAUGAGUUGCUUAACACUUUGAAAUUAGCUCUGCAUUGUGUUGAUCCCACACCAGCAGCUCGUCCUGAAGCCGAACAAGUUGUUCAGCAACUUGAGGAGAUUAAGCCAGAGCUAGCUGCUGCUGGUGCUGAUGAAGGAGCCGAAGUCCCACCAACAACUGAAUAAAGAGUAUCCUAUUCUUUUUGCGUGCAAGAAAUAAUGUUUUGUUACAGUUUAUUUGUGCUGCUUUACAAGGUGGUGCGCUCUAUGAUAGGGGAGGGGAGGGGGUAGUAAUCAAAUUCUUUAAUUCUUAUAUUCCUGUCUACUUUAUGUAUAUACAAGCCAGUGAGUUCUUUUGAAAAAUGUAAUCUUUUUUUAUUGGAAUAAUAAUGUAUUCUUUCAAUUCAUCAUUCUGUUAGUAAACAGAAAAAAAUCUUAAAUAAUCAAAAUUAUCAAAUUUCAUAA